UCCAAUGCCAAACUACCAUUUUGAAGAUGAAACGGUCGGAAUGUUGAUUGAAGCUAUCGACGGGGAGACCGAGGUUCAAAUCUCUGUUCCCGGCCGAGAAGAGCUGGACCACUCCGCCUUGCUUUCACCUGGUGCUGGACCUUACAAUUUUCCUACAAGCUCUUCCUUGAUCCACCAGAACACAGCGGGUCCAAUCAACACGGUAUUGGUGAGAUCGGAUAUGGACAUCGCCGUUCUUGUCUACAACAUGGCGCCGUUUACCUCUGACAUAUACACUGCGAUGCCGAUGAAAUAUGCAGGGGAUGAAUACUUUGUAUCGCUGAUAUCCCGAGAGAGGGGCUCACAUCCCCUGUUCAGUGGCAUCUUGGAGAUCUCAUCCCUGGAUGGGGUAGCUUCCAUCGAAAUCCAUUUGACUUCCACGAUAACCUUCCAGAAUGCUACCUCGCACUUUGGUGAUAUAUUCCGUCACACCCUCCUCCCGUUCGAGUCCAUUCAACUGCUCCCUCCUUUCACCAACAUAACGGGAUCGCGAAUCCUUUCGAAUGCGUCCAUCCUCGUGUCAGCAGGUUCAAAGUGUGCCGAUGUUCCCCAGGAGGUCGGGGCGUGUGAUCACCUAGCGGAGCAGUUGGCUCCCUUCAAGUCAUGGGGGAAGGUGUUCGUCGUAAGCCCCAUUGCGGGAAGACCUUCUGGCUACCUCCUGCAGGUUGUAGCCGGCAGAGACAACACCAGGGUAUCAAUCGGAGUCCUUAACCUCGAGCUUUCAAUGGGAGAAUAUGACACCAUCGAUGUAACUACACAGGAAAUGAAGUUCCUAACUUCCAACAACCCGAUAUCUAUCAUGCAGUACUCGAAAGGCACUCGAAUAGAUGGAAAGGGAGACCCCUCGAUGAGUCGCGUUGUACCGAACGAACAAUUCGUCUCAGAGGCGUUCUUUCCAGUCCACCGUUUUCAAAGCAACAUGUCGACAAUCAAUACCACCUAUCUGGAAAUCACCACGGACUGUGAAUAUGUGAACAGCGUAUCUCUGUCGAGGAACGGUGAAGAUAUUCAGCCAAGCGUGAUAGAGGAAUAUUCGUUGGAGAUAGGAAGUGGGUCGAGGAUGUGCACUAGAUGGUCUGAAAUCGCUCCUGGGUCUUAUUCUGUAAGGAGUCGUGAUGUCACACUUCCUGACGGCCAGCGAGUGUAUCCAAGGUUUCGAGCUGUUGUAUCCGGCUAUGAGGGAGUCUCCGAGUCCUACCUAUACCGUGCAGCUUCUGAUGAUAGAGAGUUAACCUGUUCAUCUCAGUUUACAGACGAGUUUGAUUGCCCGGGUGAGCAUGACUGA